GCUACGCUGACGUCAGCGCCUGCGUGGGAUUCUCCUCUCCUUUCGAGUAGAGGCAGGAGCGUCUGCCGGAGCUGUCAGGGCCAACCGAGGGGCCGCCUGACCUGCCUCUGUCGCCGUCUGGCUGUCUUUCUUUGUCUCCGUCGCCGGGGACUCAUCCAGGGACCGGCGAAACUGGAAGCUGCCGUGGGCAAAGAGGAAGAGAGCGGGACGGCUGCUUAGGAACUCUACUUUGAGAAUCUCUCAAAAAGAAAAAAAAUCAUGGAGAAGAAUGGGAACAACCGAAAGCUCCGAGUUUGUGUUGCCACUUGCAAUAGAGCUGAUUACUCAAAACUUGCCCCUAUCAUGUUUGGCAUUAAGGCAGAGCCUCAAUUCUUUGAACUUGAUGUGGUAGUACUGGGAUCUCACCUAAUAGAUGACUAUGGAAACACAUAUCGUAUGAUUGAACAAGAUGAUUUUGACAUUAAUACAAGGCUACAUACCAUAGUUAGGGGUGAAGAUGAGGCAGCCAUGGUGGAGUCAGUAGGUCUUGCAUUAGUAAAGCUUCCAGAUGUUCUUAAUCGUCUGAAACCUGACAUAAUGAUUGUUCAUGGUGAUAGAUUUGAUGCGCUGGCUGUGGCUACCUCUGCUGCCUUGAUGAAUAUUCGUAUUCUUCAUAUUGAAGGUGGAGAAGUAAGUGGGACCAUAGAUGACUCUAUUAGACAUGCUAUAACCAAAUUGGCUCAUUAUCACGUGUGCUGCACCAGAAAUGCAGAACAACAUCUGAUAUCUAUGUGUGAAGACCAUGAUCGCAUCCUUUUGGCAGGCUGCCCCUCAUACGAUAAACUCCUUUCAGCCAAGAAUAAAGACUACAUGAGUAUUAUUCGUAUGUGGUUAGGUGAUGAUGUAAAGCCAAAAGAUUACAUAGUAGCACUACAGCAUCCUGUGACUACUGAUAUUAAACACUCUAUAAAAAUGUUUGAAUUAACAUUGGAUGCACUUAUCUCAUUUAACAAAAGGACAUUAAUUCUGUUUCCAAAUAUUGAUGCAGGAAGCAAAGAGAUGGUUCGAGUGAUGAGGAAGAAGGGUGUUGAGCAUCACCCCAACUUCCGAGCAGUUAAACAUGUACCAUUUGACCAAUUCAUACAACUUGUAGCUCAUGCUGGAUGUAUGAUUGGCAAUAGCAGUUGUGGGGUACGAGAAGUUGGAGCAUUUGGUACUCCUGUAAUCAAUCUAGGAACACGACAGAUUGGAAGAGAAACAGGUGAAAAUGUUCUUCAUGUUCGGGAUGCUGAUACUCAAGAUAAAAUACUGCAAGCUCUGCACCUCCAGUUUGGCAAACAGUAUCCUUGUUCAAAGAUAUACGGGGAUGGGAAUGCUGUUCCGAGGAUUUUGAAGUUUCUCAAAUCAAUUGACCUCCAAGAACCACUACAAAAGAAGUUCUGCUUCCCCCCUGUAAAGGAGAACAUCUCUAAAGACAUUGAUCAUAUCCUUGAGACCCAAAGUGCCUUAGCUGUUGAUCUAGGCGGAACAAACCUUCGAGUUGCAAUAGUCAGUAUGAAGGGUGAAGUAGUUAAGAAGUACACUCAAUCCAAUCCUAAAACCUAUGAAGAAAGAAUUAAAUUAAUUCUACAGAUGUGCGUGGAGGCUGCAGCAGAAGCUGUAAAACUAAAUUGCAGAAUUUUGGGAGUGGGUAUUUCCACAGGUGGACGUGUAAAUCCUCGUGAAGGAAUUGUCCUACAUUCUACUAAACUUAUUCAAGAAUGGAGUUCCGUGGAUCUGAGAACCCCGAUCUCUGACACAUUGCACCUCCCUGUCUGGGUAGACAAUGAUGGCAACUGUGCUGCCUUGGCAGAAAGAAAAUUUGGGCAAGGAAAAGGACUGGAGAACUUUGUGACACUCAUCACAGGCACAGGAAUUGGUGGUGGCAUCAUUCAUCAGCAUGAGCUGAUACAUGGCAGUUCUUUUUGUGCUGCUGAGCUUGGACACCUCGUGGUAUCUUUGGAUGGACCUGAUUGUUCAUGUGGAAAUCAUGGGUGCAUUGAGGCCUAUGCCUCUGGGAUGGCCUUACAAAGAGAAGCUAAGAAACUACACGAUGAAGACCUUCUCUUAGUGGAAGGAAUGUCAAUGAAAAAAGAAGAAACUGUUGGUGCUCUUCAUCUCAUUCAGGCAGCUAAGCUGGGCAACGCAAAAGCUGCUAGUAUUCUUAGAACAGCAGGGACAGCUUUGGGCCUUGGUGUUGUGAAUAUCCUUCACACAAUGAAUCCUUCACUUGUGAUCCUUUCUGGAGUCCUAGCGAGUCAUUACAUCAACACUGUUAAGGACGUGAUCCGACAGCAAGCCUUGUUCUCGGUUCAAACCGUAGAUGUUGUUCUUUCAGACUUGGUGGAUCCUGCCUUGCUCGGUGCUGCGAGUAUGGUGUUAGAUUACACCACACGCCGAGUGCAGUAACGGACUUGGAGAUGUGGAAUUGAAGAAAGUUCUUAAAAUGUUUGUCUUUUUAAAGUAAAAUUUUAAAUGCAUCUUCUUAGCUAUAAGUAGUUUUGACAUAGAAAUGCGCACUUUUGUUUCUUUGUUUGGCCUUCUGUUUCAUGCCUACAUUGACUGUCAAUAUAUUUAUAGAGCUAGACCUCAGAGUAUUUAGAAACCAGUCACCUCUCUGUGCCAAAGAAAACAGCCUAAUAGAUUGGGACGUAUUUUUACAUCAUAGUCCAUAAUAUGUCUUUUUUUAAAAAAAGUUCCAUAUCUUGAUAUUGUGGCAUAGAUGUAGAUAACUCACUGCUUUUCAGGCCUGCUAUCCUCGUAUACGUUAGCAAAAUACAGUCUUGCUUAAGUCUUAAGCAAUUCUGAAUCAACAAAUCUUUAAGAUCUACAUGAUUUGCCUUCUGAUAUUUUUUCAUUUUGUUUUUCAAUCACAUGCAUUUAUUUUCUCUCCUUUGCCCUCAUGUAAAAGGAAAAAAGAAAAAAAAAAACAAAAUCCUUGUAAGAAAUAUGUGUAGUUAAGCAAAACAAAUUUAUUUUGAGUAACUUUUUUCUUUUGCUAAUUUUUAACAUCAUCAAUUAUUAAUGGUUUAUUUAUGUUGUAUUUUUAAAUGAAAUGAAGUUUCAAGGAACAUGGCAAAUGUCAGUUUGUGUGAUUGUGAGAGUUAAUUGUAUAUGAAGAGCAUUAGUUAAAUAAGUUCUGAAGGGAAAACAGCCUCGGCCUUCCUAGUUCACAGUGGGCACGACCGACCAAGAGAGGCUGCUCAGCCUGAGGAUUCAGUCCUGAUUCGUCCCAGUUUUUGGACUUCUUUACCUCUGUGUCAGGGUGGAGUCAUGUCAAGUAAAUGGAAAUGCAGCCAUCAGAUUAUAUAAUUUUGUGAAAUCAUGACCGUCAGUGGCUCAUUUAAGCCGCAACUUUAGUCGUUGAAACUUGAAGUGUAACAAAGCAACAAAAGAAAUCAGGUCUAAUCUAAGUGCAUCUGUGUGAUGGUACUUACAUUUCAACAGCACUUUGAAAUCAGAUUCAAAUAUGAGUAAGAAUCAGUCUUAUUCCAUGGCUUUAGAUCUGUGUAUUGAAGUUGGUUGAAAUGGAUAGAUAUCAAUGAAAAAUUUUGCUAAACAAACUUCCCUUGCAUAACAUCCCCCACACACUAGAUUGCAUCAGUUUGGGGGCUCCUUACUUUUGUCGCACUUGGAAUAUAAUGGUAUCUUUACUUGGAAAAACAGUUAUCUCACUUUAACAUCAGAGAUAUAUCUGUACAAGAGGUAAAUAAUUUAGUGAACUAGACAAUCUCCAGAUCAAUGGCAAGGUUUUAAAAUGCAUUGUGAUUGUCUUAUGGUCGAUUCACCUUCCUGAUCAUGUUUUAUUAGAUCGACAUUCCCUGGGUAUACACCAGCUAGGCAAUAAGGAGACGUGGCCCGCGAGCAUUCUGGGUGUCAAGUCAAAGUAACCGUGACUACACAUAAUUGAGAAUUAAUUCUCUCUCAGUUAACUGUGCAAACUGCCUAAGAAGCCACUUUGCUGUCUUAGCCCUAUAUGUACUUACAUACACGGAGAGAGUCUGAGAACCUUCAGUCAGGCAUUUUAGAUGACUAUGUUAAAGAGCUAUAGCAACCAUGUCUUCAUUUCUUUAGGAGUAGCCAAAAAUAAUCGUAAGAAUAGCCACUGCGACCCAGAGCUUGAGGAUGCCAACUUACGAGGGGCCAGGACUGUAUAGGGAGAGUUGUUUGCAACUUGGCUUGAAAUGGCUUUUCAUACUCCCUAUUCCAAAGUCUAUAGAAAAUAAACAUAUAAACAUAUACCAUCAUAUCAAAAGAAUAGGUAAUAUUCCAGUACAGUCUUUCUGAGGUAGAAUGACUGGGAGCAUUUUCUUUAAAAAAGUUAAAUUAGGUCAAUGUGUAUAUGUUACAACUAAAUUUAAUUAACAGGUUCAUGAAUCAGAGUUUGGAUUGGUUUAAUCCCUAAGCUCUGUUGAUAGAGCAGUCAGUCAAUAGACAUUUGUUACUAAGUACCCGUGCACAGAGAGCCUGGCGCUAGGCACCAGGAAGAUAGAAAGUCCAGGUCAAACACAAUACUGGCUCAUAGUGGGACAGGACAAACAUACUUAUAAUAAUAAAUGUAUUAGAAAAUUACAAAACAAAGUGUGGUGGGAAUGCGGGCUGAUGAAUUUAAUGAGUGAAAUGAAAGCAUUUGACUUAAGAUUACUGAUGGUUUUUCUUCAAAACAGAACAUCUAGGUUGAAACAAAUGAUUGAUUUGAAGGGUUAGAAACUUAACUGUGAUUCAUAAAUCCAGUAAUGUUUCCCUCUUGUGGAAAUCAGCCAGUUUUUAAGUAUAACAUGUACAUAAAAACAGGUAUUUUCAUUUUAUCAGUUCUCUUUUUUGUAAGUGCAAAUUUUUGUCAAAUUAUGUUUAUUUCAAGUUUAGGAAAACGUUAGUGUAUCUAAACCUGUCAGUUCUAUGUUUUCUGUGCUAAAUGUAGAUAAUCUGUCACCUUUAGACUUGUUGUUUUUUUGUAUUUAAUGUAAUACCUAUUUGGGUGAUCUUAGCAAAAUGGUACCUUGCGAAAUCAUGAAGUCCUAUUUUUAUGACAUUCCAUGGUGACUCUGUCCUGGGAAUGAAGACCCAGCAGCGACACCAUUUGUGCAAAAUAUGAACAAUCUAUACCUGCUGCAUACACCAAAUGAUUAGGUCUCAUUUAGUCAAUCAAGCAUUUAUUAAGUGCUUAUUAUGUGCCAAAUAUAAUUGACAGUCAAGAAAGACUGGAUUCAAAAGUGAUUCUGACUAGUGCUCAUAUGCGUAUAUGUACAUUAAUUGUGAUCAUUUUAAUUUAUUCUUAAAUCCAUUAUUUAAAAAUAUCUGUACAAUGCGUUUAAUUUAUUUUAAUAUUACCAUUUCUGUUUUAAUGGGCUGACCUAAAUUCUAAAUAAAUGACAUUCUUUAUAUGUA